AUUCAACUUUUUUCUUUUCCUUCUGUAGACUUCGAAUGAUGGUUAAGAAAAUAUAUCAUUCACAAAUAUCACCACCAUGCUUUGACUUGGCUAAUUUUCCAGUGACUGAAACAAUCAAAAUGUUGACUUGUUUAUUAGAAAAGAUUACAAAGGCUAAUGAUUCCAUCAUUCAACAAUAUUCAUUGUCGUCAUCAUCAUCUUAUACAUGUUUCCAUGCUCGCUCAAUUCCCAGUAUUGAUAUUUAUUCCUAUUUAACAAGAAUACUUAAAUAUUGUCCCUGUACAAAUGAAUGCUUUCUAAGUUUGCUGGUCUACUUUGAUCGCAUGUCACAACAAAAAGAUGACCCUUUACGCAUUGAUUCAUUUAAUAUUCAUCGAUUACUUAUAGCUGGCAUUAUGGUUUCAAGUAAAUUCUUUUCUGAUGUCUUUUUUACAAAUACACGAUAUGCAAAGGUCGGUGGAUUACCUGUAAAAGAAUUAAAUCAUUUAGAAUUAGAAUUUUUUCGAAUGAAUAAUUAUGAUAUUUAUGUAUCCUUAGAAGAAUUACAACAAUAUGGAAAUCAAUUAUUGAUGCAUUCACUUAGAGUACAACAAUUAAAAAAAGACAGAUCUUUACUUUUGGAUCACCCAAUUAAUAAGAAUCAACAACAUCCCAAGUGUCCAUAUGAUAGGAAGGACUAUAAAUUAUUAAAAGAGAUAUUCCCUGGAUAUAUUGAAAGUGCUCAAGCCAAGUGUAUCGAUUCCUCGUUAUGA